CCCCUGCACGUGGUGUGCCCUGAGCAGUACACACAGCCCCCUCCCACGCAGUCCCACCGCACGGACCUGAUGAUCGACUGCCAGCCGCCGGCCAUGUCCUACCGGCGCGCCGAGGUGCUCACGCUGCCCUACAAGCGCCGCUACGAGAAGAUCGAGAUCAUGCCCGACCUUGCAGAUUCCCUCGUGCCCUUGGAGAUCAAGCCUGGUAUUUCCUUGGCAACAGUUUCUGCUGUGCUGCAUACUAAGGACAACAAGCACGUGCUGCAGCUCCCUCCAAAAGCUCCCCAGCCUCCUGCCAGCAAGAAGAGGAAGCGGGUGAGUGAUGAUGUGCCCGAGUGCAAGUCUCUGAAGCCUCUGCUGAGUGGCUCCAUCCCCAUGGACCAGUUUGUGCAGACUCUGGAGAAGCACGGAUUCAGCGAUGUCAAGGUGGAGGACACGGCCAAGGGCCACAUUGUGCUGCUGCAGGAGGCUGAGACCCUGAUCCAGCUGGAGGAGGACUCCACCCACAUCAUCUGUGACAACGAUGAGCCCCUGAGGGUCAAACUGAGGGACCUGGUGCUCAAAUUCCUGCAGAAGUUUUAGCUCAUGGACAUCAGGAGGCUCUGCAAGGAGAGAGCCUGGAAAACAGCACAACUUGGAGCUGUCCAAGGAGAAAAAGGGAGAGAAUUUUGUGAUUCAGAGAGACCAGAAACCACCUUCCCCUUCAUGGAGGAGCAAGGGAGUAUUUUUUAAUACCUAUUUUUUAAAUCUUAUUUUUAAGCUGUUUUGGAAUACUUUGGAGGAGAUUCCUGUUGUGUAAAAUUGGGAGCUGGGAAUCUCACAGGAGACAGGAGCUGCAGAGUAAAUAACUGGAGUGUUUAUUGACACCAGGGUGAGCUGCUGCUCCCCUGUGUCCCUCAGCAGUCUCUGCCCCAGUCCUUCACCUGACAGAACUCUGUAGGAACAUUGAAACAAUGCCCUUUUUCCUCCCACUGCUUCUUCCCAAUCCCCAGAUCCCAUUCCCUGCCUCUCCUCCCUUUGUGCCCUUCACAGGCAUGAGGAGGGGAGAGCUGGUGAGGCAAAGAUUGUACAAAUAAAAAUGGAAAAAAAGGGAUCUGGUGGACAUGGAGAACAGUGGGAAGAGCUUGGCCAUUCCCUGCACCAGCAGGGGCACUUUGGAAAAGCUUUUUCCUGUAGGAAUUCAAGUGUUUAUUGAUGCUGCAGCCUCACCUGUUCCAUCCACACCUGUCCAUGGAGCUCCAGGCCCUUCCCUACGGGUGGUUCCUCCUGGGUUCCUCCAUCACCUCAGGAGGACACUCAGGGGAGUCCAUAAAGUGGGAAAAUUCCUAUUGCUCAUAAAAAACCUUUUAAGAUUUAAGUGCCUCUUGUUUCUACCUUCCAAAAACUUGUCCUUUCAGCCCCUCAUCUCAAAUCCUGGAUGGAAUCCUGAGUCAUUUAUCCAAAGCCAUCUGUACUGCAGACCUGGGGAGGCUUUUCCCUCCCCAAAUCACUUAUUUGGGGCCUCACCUCAGUCAAUAGUAUUGCUCUUAAAGACAACCCAUUUCUCAGAUUUACUGCUGUUCAUUUUUUAUUGGAUUGUUUUGUAUUUAUUUGGUGUUAAAAAAUAAAAAGCGGAGUGAGACUGCCCAGGAGGGAGCACA